AGCGCAGUGUGCGUGAUGCGGUAGCUGCUCGCUGCCGCCGCUCCUGCUGCAGGAGGAAGGACCGAACCGCUUUCAGCACCACCUUUCAGUUUCGCCUUCAAAUUACACCAACCGGCUCCGUCACAUACGCAACACCGACUGAACUAUCACCCCAAGGCGUCCCAUAUUACGACUCCCGAGGGGUUUGUCGAGUUUAAAUUGAGGAAACGCCGUUUUAAUCGAAUAUAAAACGGGGUUUGUGUGUUUUUGACAGCACUAACAGCACAACAAUGGCUCUCAAAAGAAUCCACAAGGAGCUACAUGAUUUGGGCCGUGACCCACCUGCUCAGUGUUCAGCGGGCCCAGUAGGGGAUGACAUGUUUCACUGGCAGGCAACAAUAAUGGGACCUAAUGAUAGUCCUUACCAGGGUGGAGUGUUUUUCUUGACCAUACACUUUCCCACAGAUUACCCCUUCAAACCGCCAAAGGUUGCAUUUACCACAAGAAUCUAUCACCCAAAUAUCAACAGCAAUGGCAGCAUCUGUCUUGAUAUUCUGAGGUCACAAUGGUCACCGGCACUUACCAUCUCCAAAGUUCUCCUGUCCAUCUGCUCCCUGCUGUGUGACCCAAAUCCGGACGACCCCUUAGUACCUGAGAUCGCCCGCAUUUACAAGACUGACAGGGAAAAGUACAACAGAAUAGCUCGGGAAUGGACACAAAAGUAUGCAAUGUAGUUUUGGAGUUAAAAUCAUGGUGGGAGAAAAAUACACCUCUCCAUCGUAAGGUUAGGGGAGAUUUGAAAGUUUAAAAGAAAAAGCUAAAGAAAAACAGAUCUUGUUGGUUUCCAUUGGAGUGCUUUCUUUAAGCCACGCCUCCCCUCACCAGAGCACCUCCCCUUACUCUUAUUCCCCCUGGCAUCCAUGGUGUACAUACUCAAAACUUCAACUGUAGCCCCUCCUCCCCAAAUUCAAUUCUCCACUCCACAUCUCCUGCUUUACCUUCUCCGUUGCUAUAGCGACGUGUCCGCUGCUUAGGAUCAGUUUGUAUCAAUUUUGCUGUUGAAAAUGUUUAUGGCUCUAAAAGCAUUCCUUGUUUUUAAAAACUGGGAUGGGAGGGCUUUCUUUUUUCCUCCCUGCAUUUGUCAUAGUCUGGAGGUAGAGGGAUGUGUUCUUUACAGAUUACUUUAUUUUUGUUUCCUGUGCUUCCAACUGUACAUUGGAUCAGGAUUUUUUAUUUUUUUUGCAGAGAAGGGAGGGGUAUGCUGGCUAUCUUUUUGUAUAAAAUCUGUAAGGAAUUCUUUUAAAAUCAUAGCAGGUAAUUAAAGGAAAACGGACCUCCUGUCCUCUCUUCUGGAGUAUUCUAAAGGACUCGAAAACUAUGAAUAUAUAUAUUUUGUUUCCAUUUGCCAUUGCAAAGACUGUCUCUGCCCCUUUCCAUAGUCAUUUACAACUUCACAAACAUUCGCCAUUAUGGAGGGUUUCGAACCAGUUAUUUAAAGCAGUCUCAAACACAUCCGUCUUAUUGUUUUGUUUUUUUCUCUACCCCAACCCACCCUUGUAACCCUUAAUUUGAGUUGUUUUUUUCCUUUUCCUGCUCUUGUUAAAUUAGAUGCUAACAUGGUUCAGCCAGACUCGAUAGGGUCCAUGGGUGAGAGGACACAAACUCCUCACAGACAAACUUCUGUAUAUUUAAUUUCCUGACAGGCUCGUUGAGCUUUGUGUGUUGAUUAAAACUGUGUAAUAAAAUGAUUACUAAAGUCUGAACAA